AUGGGGUUGUGCCAGUCUGCUGAAGAAAAGCAACUCGUUCAGAAGAGUAAGGCCAUAGAUAAGGAAAUGAUGCAGGGCCAUAUCGCUCAACAGAAGGUCGUUAAGCUUCUUCUUUUAGGAGCUGGAGAAUGUGGAAAGAGCACCGUUUUAAAGCAGAUGAGGAUUCUGCACGAUCACGGCUUUUCUCAAGAGGAAGCGGACCAGCAGAAAGGCGUCGUGUACAACAAUACUGUGCAAGCAAUGGCGAUGAUCCUGCGUGCAAUGAAUAGCUUAAAAAUCACAUUUGAUGAUCCUGCCAGAGAGGCCGAUGUUCGUGUAGUUUUGGACACAAUCAAAGCCGGUCAGGAGUCGGAACCUUUUACUCCAGAACUCACGCAAGCGUUGAAAAAUCUCUGGGCCGAUUCGGCAAUAGCAAAGGCGAUAAGCCGUGGCAAUGAGUUUCAGCUGACUGAGAGUGCUCCACACUUCUUGAGUUCAAUUGAUCGCAUUGCUGCAAAGGACUACAUUCCUAAUGAGCACGAUAUUCUACUUUCUCGAAUAAAGACAACUGGUAUAGUAGAAGUGAAGUUCCAGAUGAAAAACGUUGAUUUUCGAGUGUUUGACGUUGGCGGCCAGCGUUCUGAGCGAAAGAAAUGGAUUCAUUGUUUCGAAGAUGUCAACGCCAUCAUUUUCAUCGCUGCCAUUUCAGAAUACGACCAAGUACUAUUCGAAGACGAAACUACGAAUCGGAUGAUCGAAUCGAUGAGGUUAUUCGAGUCGAUUUGCAACAGUCGGUGGUUCAUCAAUACCUCAAUGAUUCUUUUUCUCAACAAAAAAGAUCUGUUCGCCGAAAAGAUUCAGCGAACGAAUAUCACAAUCGCUUUUCCUGACUACAAAGGUGCACAAACGUACGAGGAGGCGACGGCUUUCAUCGAGAUGAAAUUUGAAGGACUGAAUGCGAAUCCGGAGAAGACGAUAUACAUACAUCAGACAUGCGCCACCGACACAAAUCAAGUGCAGAUCAUCCUCGACUCCGUCAUCGACAUGAUCAUCCAGGCUAAUUUACAGGGUUGUGGUUUGUACUGA